GUCCUCGUUGGCGGCGCGCGGCCUGGGCUCGCGCUGGGCUCCGCGCGCCCCCCGCCCCCUAUAUGAGGCAGAGGCCGCGGCGGCCGUUAGCGCUGUCGCUCCGGGGGCCGCGGCGGGCGGGGCUCCGGCGGGGCCCGGCCUAGUCCCCACCCAGCUCGGCUCCCAGCCGCCCGCCCUCCCUCCCUCACCCCGAUGCAGGGGGCCGAGCUCCGGGACGGCGAGGCGGCGGCGGCGGCCGCUUCGUACCGGGUCCUGAGCCGCCUCCUCGGCUAUGGAGAGGCGGCCCCCGAGCCAGGCCCGCCGCCGCCGCCGCCGCCCCCGGGCCAUGGCCCGUCGCCGCCACCCUUCCUCGCGCGGCCCGGCUCGCGGGGCGCCCGGCCGCCGCAGCUGAUGGUGUUCCGCAACGUGGGGCGGCCGCCCGAGGAGGAGGACGCGGAGGCGGCCCCGGAGCCGGGACCCUCGGAACUGCUGUGUCCCCGGCACCGCUGUGCGCUGGAUCCCAAGGCCCUGCCCCCGGGCUUGGCGCUCGAGCGGACCUGGGGUCCGGUGGCUGGACUAGAGGCGCAGCUGGCGGCCCUGGGGCUCGGACAGCCGGCGGGGCCGGGGAUCAAGACUGCCGGAGGAGGCUGCUGUCCGUGCCCGUGCCCCCCGCAGCCGCCGCAGCCGCAACCCCCGCCGCCGGCUGCCGCCCCGCAGGCCGGGGAGGACCCCACGGAGACGAGCGACGCGCUGCUGGUCCUAGAAGGCUUGGAGUCGGAGGCCGAGAGCCUGGAGACUAACAGCUGCUCGGAAGAGGAGCUCAGCAGCCCGGGCCGUGGAGGAGGAGGAGUGGGUGGCCGGCUGCUGCUGCAUCCUCCGGGCCCUGAACUACCCCCGGUGCCCUUUCCGCUGCAGGACUUGGUCCCUCCAGGGCGCCUGAGCCGAGCGGAGCAGCAGCAGCAGCAGCAGCAGCAGCAACAACCUCCCCCACCGCCGCCGCCGCCGCCUCCCGGGCCCCUCCGGCCCCUCGCAGGCCCUUCUCGGAAGGGCUCUUUCAAAAUCCGCCUCAGUCGCCUGUUUCGCACGAAGAGCUGCAACGGCGGCUCGGGCGGUGGGGAUGGGACCGGCAAGAGGCCUUCGGGAGAUCUGGCAGCUUCAGCUGCGAGCCUGACAGACAUGGGAGGCUCUGCGGUCCGGGAGCUGGAUGCGGGGAGGAAACCCAGGUUGACAAGAACUCAAAGUGCCUUUUCUCCGGUCUCCUUCAGCCCCUUGUUCACAGGUGAGACAGUGUCGCUUGUGGACGUGGACAUUUCUCAGCGGGGCCUGACCUCUCCACACCCUCCAACUCCCCCUCCUCCUCCAAGAAGAAGCCUCAGCCUCCUAGAUGAUAUCAGUGGGACGCUGCCUACAUCUGUCCUUGUGGCUCCGAUGGGGUCUUCCUUGCAGUCUUUCCCCCUACCUCCGCCUCCUCCACCCCACGCCCCAGAUGCAUUUCCCCGACUUGCUCCCAUCAGAGCAUCAGAAUCCCUGCACAGCCAGCCUCCCCAGCACCUCCAGUGUCCCCUCUACCGGCCCGACUCAAGCAGCUUUGCAGCCAGCCUUCGAGAGCUGGAGAAGUGUGGCUGGUAUUGGGGACCUAUGAAUUGGGAAGAUGCAGAGAUGAAACUGAAAGGGAAGCCAGAUGGUUCUUUCCUGGUACGAGACAGCUCUGAUCCUCGUUACAUCCUGAGCCUCAGCUUUCGAUCACAGGGUAUCACCCAUCACACUAGAAUGGAGCACUAUAGAGGAACUUUCAGCUUAUGGUGCCAUCCCAAGUUUGAGGAUCGCUGUCAGUCGGUGGUGGAGUUCAUUAAGAGAGCCAUCAUGCACUCCAAGAAUGGGAAAUUUCUCUAUUUCCUGAGAUCCAGGGUCCCAGGACUGCCACCAACUCCAGUACAGUUGCUCUACCCAGUGUCCAGAUUCAGCAAUGUCAAGUCCCUCCAGCAUCUCUGCAGAUUCCGGAUCCGGCAGCUUGUCCGAAUAGAUCAUAUCCCGGAUCUGCCACUGCCUAAACCUCUGAUCUCUUACAUUCGGAAGUUCUACUACUAUGAUCCUCAGGAAGAGGUGUACCUGUCCCUAAAGGAAGCGCAGCUCAUUUCCAAACAGAAGCAAGAGGUGGAGCCUUCCACGUAGCAGCAGGGCCCCUGCUGUUCAACAUGAAGGCAUUUGAUCGCCAGGCUCCAGUUUGAAGAACCAAAUAAAGCUACCACAAAAGAAGAAUCUGGCAGAAAGAGAAGAGCGGGUUGUGAUUCCCGGCACAGACUUUGGUUCCCCUGUAGCCCUGGGGCUUGGAAGAAGCACACAACAUCCUCCAAGUGGAGUCUCCAGCCCAACCCCACCCCAUGAACCCCAGGACGGGAUGAGCUCCUUGGAAAACUGGAAGAAGUCUUAACACUGUUUCUUUUCAGAAGUUACGUUUUAGUAUUUCCAUUUCUCAGUGGAAGGCAGCUGGGGUCUGUACCCAUUGAAUUGAAGGUGGUGUUGGGGAUGAGCAGGUGAAGGGAAGGGUGGGGUGAGGAGGGAGGGCUGGUUGUUCAGCUGGCGCCAAAGGCAUCAUUGAAGCUCUUUCCAUGAACCUGGAGGAAGGGCAGGGAAGCCAGAGAAGUACAGAAGAAUGAGAUUGGAAGUUUCUGGGAAAGGCGUCUGAUUCUCAUCUCCAGCUUCAACAGGAGAGGAGAGAGGGUGGCAAGUGAAAGAGGGACUGCUCAUUCUGUAUGCUGAGGGCGUGCUCGCUCCCACUCCUUUCCUUUCAAAGUUUACAAACCUGAUUUCAGAAAUUGC